AUUUUAUUCUUUAAAUCUUGCUACCGAAACGAGUUUGGAUCUACAUCAGAGAUUAGAGAAGGUCGUCAUUGCUGAGCUAGAGAGCUUGGAGUUCGGAUAUCUAUAUUUUCAGCUCCUGUGUUGGGAAGAAAAGAGGUUUAGAAAAAAUGCCGAGACUGAAUAUCUUUAUUUUGAGCCUUUUGGCGCUCAUUAGUUCAUCUUCAGCGUAUGUGACAUGCCCCGAAGACUGGGUAAGACACGGGUUCUCCUGUUACUACUUCCGGUCAUGUGACGUCACGUGGGAUGAUGGUGAGCGCGAAUGUCUUGCUCUUGGCGGCCAUCUUGUUUCCAUAGACACCAGGGCGGAGCAGACAUUUGUUGAAAAUCUGGUGGCUGGAGAAAAAGGACCGUUCUGGAUCGGUCUAAACGACAAGUAUCGCGAGGGGCAGUGGUUCUUCACGGACAUGAGGCGACUCCGGCCUGAGCUGGGACCCCUUUGGUCUGCCAACGAACCCAACAAUCAUGGUGACGAAGAUUGCGUCAUGUUUCCCCAUGGCAACGAUAAGAAAUGGAACGACGCCAAGUGUGAUUUAAAGUACAGCUUCAUCUGUGAGAUUGAACAUUUCGGUUGCCCGGACGGCUGGGCGGAGUACGGCGACUCCUGCUACCAGAGGAUCGCAUCCCCCAAGGCCCAUCAGUUCGAUGCCCAGACCCACUGUCAGACCAUCCACCCGGACUGCAGCCUGGUCAAGAUCGACGACCAUGACGAACAGACCUUCCUGGAGUCUUUCAUAGGAGGGAGCUGCGCAGACUGGAUUGGUCUUAUUGGAGAUGUUAACCCAGAUGCCAACGGCGCUUCCGCGGCGCACCACAACAGCGGCGAAGUCCUGAUUCGCGACUACUUCUUCACCGACGGACAGCCGAUGGUGCACGACUUCUGGAAGUCGGGCGAACCCAACUUCGACAAGAACAACGACCGCGUGUGUACCAUCCAGAAAAAUGCCGUGGGAUGGAACGACUACGGGUGCAACCAGGAACAGAGCUACGUCUGUGAGCUGAAGAAACCAAGCUUCUAAAUGAUCGUCAUAAAAAUGUAAAAUAAUUAUGAUAGUUUUUUUUUAAUACAAUCGUGUAAAGAGAUACCUCGUGCGUAUAAUUCUAACUAACGCCCUCGAUAAUGUGCAUUAUCUAUAAACUGAUAUCAUUUAAAGACGAUAGACGAAACCCAUGCUGUUUACACUCUUCUCACUUGCAUGAAGACUAUUAUGAUAAAAGAAAUCUGCCACUAUUAACAUAUUAGAAUGGAGUUUGUGCACCGUGACGCACAACGCUUCCAAGAACACGUACAAUUAUUUUCAAAUGCUUUUCAUGAGAAAUGAACAACCAAGAAAUCUUUGUCGAAAAUUGAUAUAUCAAAACGGCAGUUUCCUUCUGUCUCUUCGAUAAACGACAUAUUUGCAAUUGUUCUUCAGUUCUGAAACUUAGGUCGAAACUGCUGUUCCGGUUCACCAGUUUUCGACAAAGACCUCCCAGUUGUUCAUUGUGAUAUUACUCGCAAUUUCAAUACAUUUACUGUGUUUUUAAUUUGUUAUGCGUCGCGUACAAAAACACACUUAUGAUUUGUUGAGACCGCAAAUAUCAAUGUGCCAAUCCUAUAGAGCGUUUUGAAGAUAGAGUUGAUCUAUUCAUGUGACAGUCAACGUAUAGGUCAUAAAGUAUUGCCGUCAACGUUUUAUUUGUCCCUUUUCUGUCUUUAGAAUCUGUUUCUAAUGAUAAUUGUAUGAUAUGACAUCUUUUCACUGUAAUGAAAUGAUUGUUGCCUUUCAGUGCUAUAAGUUUGUAAUAAAAUCUAAUUAUGAUUUGUA